AACACAAAUUUAAUGCACGAGAAUGCAUUCACAGAAUUGAAAGGGUGGGAAGAAUUUAGUGCACAAGAACGAAAAAUAGGAAAGAAAGGGAAAUGCAAUAAAUAAAUAAAUAACCGUUUAACAAGUACCGAGUAAAGUUGACAUGUUUGAGAAUUACAGAACAAAAACUUAACAUUGACUCUUCGUUUUUUCCUAUGUUGUUUCUUUUUUUCCACCCAUUUUCUCUGCCUUUUCUGCCAUUGCAAGAAUCCUCCAACCUUCCCUGCAAAAUAAUCUUCUCACGCAAUUUUGUAAGCAAAGGUUGACGAUUGUGCUUCCCCAUGGUGUUGUUCUUGUGAUGGGGUUGUCAAAUUGGUGUGUUGAAGGGUGAUUUUGGAAUCUGUCAGAGGAAGCAACGUGUGGAUCUUUUCAAUUCCUUUGGUUUUUUUCAUCUGGGUGUAGUUGUUUUGUUAUGGGGUGGAGAUACAAGGCAGGGUUGUUCCUUAUACUUACUGUGGUUGUCAUAUGGGUCACCUCUGCUGAAGUCACCCAGGAUAUUUUUGUAGAUUACAAGCAGCCAUUUGCAGUGACGUAUCUUGGAGCUUCUCUUAUGGUAGUUUACCUCCCAGUAGCAUUCAUUAAGGACUGGUUGUGUAAGUUAUUUGAACACCGCUCUUCUAGAAGUGGAAAAAGUGCAAAAGUUGGGGAUGAGUUUUCUGUCAGGUGUACCUCUCCUCUGAAGGGCAAUGGAGUGCAAAAAAACAUUGAAGUAGAAUUGGGGGGCAUGACUCGAAAAGAUAGUGAUGCAAACCUUUCAGCACAUGAAGAAGUAAAGCCAUUGAUGGCUAAAUAUAAUGAUGCUACUGCUAUAAAGGUCGAGAAAGAACAUACUACAAGGGAAAUUGCUACUUAUGGAUUUUACAUUGCACCUAUCUGGUUUAUAACAGAGUAUCUAUCAAAUGCUGCCCUUGCGCGAACAAGUGUUGCAAGUACAACAGUAUUAUCAUCUACUUCAGGACUCUUCACUCUCUUCAUUGGUGUGCUUAUGGGCCAGGACACUUUAAAUGUAUCAAAAGUAGUUGCUGUCUUGGUCAGCAUAGCCGGGGUUGUGAUGACAACUCUGGGGAAAACAUGGGCUGCAGAUGACGCGAUAUCAAGUGCUUCCAAUGGACAACGCUCUCUUGUUGGAGAUCUUUUUGGCCUUCUCUCUGCCAUGUCAUAUGGUCUAUUUACAGUGCUUCUCAAAAAAAUUUCUGGUGAAGAAGGAGAACGAGUUGAUGUGCAAAAGUUGUUUGGAUAUGUUGGAUUGUUUACACUUGUAGCACUAUGGUGGCUUAUUUGGCCAUUGUCAGCCUUAGGAAUUGAACCGAAGUUUACAAUUCCCCAUUCAGCCAGAGUGGACGAAGUGGUUCUUGCCAACGGAUUUGUUGGUAGUGUUCUCUCAGACUACUUCUGGGCACUUUGUGUUGUAUGGACAACUCCCCUUGUGGCCACUUUGGGCAUGUCACUUACCAUUCCUCUUGCUAUGAUGGCUGACAUGGUGAUCCAUGGUCGGCAUUAUUCGGCAUUGUACAUUCUUGGCUCAAUCCAGGUAUUUGCAGGCUUUGUGAUAGCUAAUAUUUCAGAUAGGCCAACCAAGAAGCAGGGAUUAUAGCACAUUGUUUCCUAUACUGAUUCUUUCUUUGGUUGGUUAUCUUUCCACAAUACUCACACUGAGUGAGAGUCAACUGUUGAAAAAAUCAAUGCCUGGUUUUGUAAUUUUCAAGGAAAGCAACAAGAGUGUGCUUUCCAUCUUGUAUUGUUCUGUGUAUAUUGUUCUAGAGUGAGAAUUUUGUUGUAAAUUUUAAGUGUCCAAGAUGAGCUUGUGGUCAUGGAUGUAAAGAAGCAUUUUUACAUACAUAGUGGCUACGUAAAGUAAAUGCCUUCUAGAAGAAAUUCAGGAUUUCAUUAAAACUUUAAAGUAAUUGGAAACAAUUUAAUCUUGUUUCCUCUUCGAUUAUAAAAACAACUUGUACAUAAAUACUUACAAAAUAAAUAUAUAUUUAAUA